UCUCAUUUAACUGUUUAAGAAGUCAGCUACAUCAAGUAUGCUGCAUAGCCUUCAUCAUUGGAUGGCGACUAUAACGUUAGAUAAAGUGGGAUGCAUAAUGAAUCUUUUAAAAGUCUUUUUGCUGCCCGAUGUUUGGUGCAGAGAGGACUAGAUGUUGUUGUUCUGGAGGCCAGAGACAGGGUUGGCGGACGACUACUAACACGUCAGACACAGGAACAUGGACCUGUUGAUUUAGGAGGAGCAUAUAUUGGUCCAUCCCAAAACAGAAUUAUCAAUCUCGCAAAGGAACUUGAAAUAGAUACAUACAACGUGUAUUACAACGGGAAGAAUGUUCUUGAUUUGACUACACAUGGUACACUUCACUACCGAGGAAUGAUUCCACCUUUUUGGAAUCCGUUCAAACUCCUUGAUUUGAAUCAUAUAAUAAGGACAAUUGACAGAAUGGCUCAAGAGGUCCCUAUUAAUGAGCCAUGGACAGCCAAAAGAGCUGAGGAGUGGGACAGCAUCACAGCCCAGGAAUUUGUGGACAGGAACUGUUGGUCAAAAUGUGUCAGCAGCAUUGUCAAGAUCUUCAUCCAGUCCAUUAUGUGUACAGAGCCACACGAGGUGUCCUUGCUGUCUCUGCUCUGGUAUGUUCACAGUGGAGGGGGCGUAGAGGUCAUGUCAGAGGUCAGGAAGGGGGCCCAGGAAAAAAAAUUUGUUGGUGGCUCCCAGCAGGUGUGUCUUAAAAUGGCAGCUAGUCUCGGGAACAGAGUUCAUCUAAACUCAGCUGUUGUAAAAGUCCAGCAAAAUCAGGAAGAAAAAAUUAUCAUUGAAGAUAUUCAUGGUAAAAAAUAUCAGGCUAAAUAUGUAAUAUCAGCUGUACCUAUAACAAUACUGAGUAAAAUACAUUUCACCCCAGAAUUGUCUGAUCUGAAACAGCAACUGAUUCAACGAAUGCCAAUGGGGUCUAUAAUAAAAACUGUCACCUAUUACGAGACAGCAUUCUGGAGAGAUCAGGAUUUCAAUGGGAUUGCUGUCAGUGAUAAUGGUCCAAUAGUUGUUACCUAUGAUGACACCAAACCCGAUGGAAGUUCUCCAGGAUUAAUGGGCUUCCUAUUAGCGAAUCAAGCCAGACAGUUAUGUACACUCAGUAAGGAAGAAAGAUGGAGGGCAAUCUGUAUACACUAUGCAACAGUUUUUAAAAAUGCAGAUUUCCUUAAGUCCACUGGAUAUGAAGAACAAAACUGGAUGAAGGAGGAGUAUUCAGGAGGAUGUUAUUCCGCGGUGCUGCCAAAUGGUGUACUGUCUGUUUAUGGAAGGGUAAUGAGAGAACCACAUGGACGGGUCCAUUUUGCAGGAACAGAGACGGCUACGAGGUGGUCAGGCUACAUGGAUGGAGCCAUCCAGGCAGCUGAGAGGGCAGUGAAGGAGAUUCUAGAGAAACUUGGAUACCCAACAGAUGGCUUGUAUGGAGAUGCAGAUAUCAGCCCCACUUUUGCCCCCCUGGGGGUGACCUACUUCCUGCCCUCGGUGUCCUCUUUCCUGAGGAUCUGUGGGGCAGUGGUUUGUUAUGGUGUCCUGUUGUACACCCGGCCAUACUUCGCUGGGUGGAGAGGAGUACUUACCAAAAAGUAUCUGGAUAUUUAUAUGUAGCUACUAAUGCAUUGGAAAGAUACCAACAUUUCAUCGCUCAAUUUUCCAGUAAAGACCGAUAAAUAUUACAUGCUUACUGGUAUAUAGUUUGUGUGACAGUCUCAUUUAUUUGAUUGAUUGUUUACUGUACCUUUCCUAAAGAAUUAUAAGAAUUUCACUGUGGUAAAAUAUACCAGUAUGCUUUAUAUGAAUAUACAUGUAAAUGUUUUAAGACAAGAACUGCUAUUUCAAAUACUGAAACUUGAUUUUUUAUGGCGUCGAGCGAAGCUCGAAAGCCAUCUAGGGAUCGUACGUCCGGAAGUUACGUUUUUAGGAGCCAAACAACUCAAAUGAGUGCAAAGUUUUCGUAUGUGUUUGAAGAAAAAUAGAUGACAUACUUCAAUUUCGAGCAGAACUGUACGUCAACAAAACAAGUUUGCAGAUUCGAAAUGGUUGCCGUCUUUAAAAAUGUUCACAUUUUAUUGAAAACAAUAUGUCUCGGUUUCAGCGGAUGAAUACACUAGCACCGAAACACAUGCGAUAGCUGGGCUUACAUACUCAAUUUCGUUAUGAAAUGUACUAGCCUGCAAAAUAGAUUAUUUUGUAUCCAUAUCGAAAAUUGACAAUGCACAAAUGUUUGAUCUUGUAGAAACAAAACUUCCUAAUCUAGCGAUAAGUACAUCUACAACCAAAAGUUAUUUUAAACCAACUAGUGAACUACUUUCACUUUGUAAACAACGUGAAUGGGUGCUUUCUUUUAUCUACCCCUGAUCUUUUCGGCCCGUGUCAUUUGGAUCCUUGUGAAUUUUAGAUGAAAUUGAUAAUGAGAGACAGAGUGGUUAUCAGCAGUAUACAAUAUAUAAGAUUAAACACAAUGAUAAUUUUAAUAUUUAUUUUCAUAUAAAUAGAGAAAAAAAAUCUAAAAAAUUUUUAACUCCUAAGAUAUUUCUAUAAACUUAAAUUUUCAAUUGAAAUUCAAAACUUUUUAAUAAUUAGGUGAGCAAAUUUGUAAUGAGUUGUAAUUUUAUUAGUUAUGUGAUAAAUAACAUUUUCUAUUUUUAAUUUUUAUUUUAUUUUCGAUAAUUUAUGAAAAAAAUACCAGCUUUUGAACUUGGUCAUUUUUUUUGGCAAAAUAUUGCAUAUAGGGUACCCUCAUUGUACGGAUAAGUCCUCCUACAGUUUUCAAAAUAGGAAGUUGUUCUUUUGCAGAUCAAUUAUACAUAUAUCAGAGGUAUGCAUACUGCUAGGAUUUUGAUUUUCGAUAAUUUAUGAAAAAAAUACCAGCUUUUGAACUUGGUCAUUUUUUGGCAAAAUAUUGCAUAUAGGGUACCCUCAUUGUACGGAUAAGUCCUCCUACAGUUUUCAAAAUAGGAAGUUGUUCUUUAGCAGAUCAAUUAUACAUAUAUCAGAGGUGUGCUUAUUGCUAGGAGUUUGGUUACUGAUAAUUUAUGAAAAAAAAUUGCUUGGAUUUUGGUUACUGAUAAUUUAUGAAAAAAAAAUCAAAAAAUUUAAUCAUUUUUGGGCAAAGUAUUGCAUAUAGCGUACCCUCAUUGUAUGGAUAGCUCCUCUUACAGUUUUCAAGAUAAGAAGUUGUUCUUUUGCAGAUCAAUUAUACAUAUAUCAGAGGUGUGCAUAUUGCUAGGAUUUUGAUUACUGAUAAUUUGUGAAAAAAAUACCAGCUUUUGAAGUUAGUCAAUUUUUAGCAAAAUAUUGCAUAUAGAGUAACCUCAUUGUACAGAUAACUAUUCCUACAGUUUUAUAGAUAAAAAGUUGUUCUUUUGCAGAUUAAUUGUACAUGUAUCAGAGGUGUGAAUAUUUCUAGAAUUUUUAUUUCUGAUUAUUUAUGAAAAAAAUACCAGCUUUUGAACUAAGUCUUUUUAGCAAAAUAUUGCAUAUGGGGUACUUUAUUUCACUGGAUAUGGGUUGACAUGGAUUAUGGUUACAGUUCGCAUAUAAAAAGAAAAACCCGGUUAGCUGUCACAUUGACAGCUUUUCACUUGUUAAAAAAAUUAUUUAGGUUUUUACUCUUCAAAUUAACAUUAACUCGACGCCAUUGUGGCCCUUCAGGCCUUUGAUUUAAAAAUGGGAAAUGGAUUGUUGAAAAGUGUCUUUGAGAUAUAGUAAAUACAAUAAAUGUUUUAUUAGCAGAAAAGUUUGUCCAAUUUAAAAACAUUUAGACAGUAGUUAGAGUAUGAGAGAGAGAGAGAGAGAGAGGCUAUUUUUUACUUUUAUAUGCAAACAUGUACCGGUACAUACAAUGUGCAUGCUACAUGUAUAUUUUUUUAUCUAUUUAAUCUGUUAAUUGUUUCUUUUAAAUAUAUCUGCAGCCAAUUU